CGGACUCAACCCCAAGUGGGGGAGGAAGAGCUGACACGCGGCAACACUUGGUGGCCCUGAAAGCCUACAAAGAGUAAUCCGGGAGGAAGAAAAAUGCCGAUGUUCAAGACAGCAUACAAUGGCUACUCUGUGAAGUUCAGCCCCUUCUUGGAGACGAGGCUUGCUGUUGCCACGUCACAAAAUUUUGGAAUUAUCGGAAACGGGCGGCAAUACGUCCUUGAGUUAUCACCUGAAGGGAUAAGAGAGCUUCUGGCAUUUGAUACUGCAGAUGGCUUGUACGAUUGCUGUUGGAGUGAGGAGAAUGAGAACAUUCUUAUAUCUGCCAGUGGAGAUGGGAGCAUUAAGGUGUGGUGGAGAAGCCAUUCGCUGCUGUCUCGAAUAUCCAAUGGACAUGGACAGCAAUACUCAGUUGACUGGAAUAUUGUAAGGAAGGAUGCAUUUGUUAGUGGUUCCUGGGAUGAUACAAUCAAGCUGUGGAGUUUAGACAUGCCAAGAUCACUGAGAACUUUCAGAGAACAUACGUACUGUGUUUAUGCGGCAACAUGGAACCCUAAGCAUGCAGAUGUUUUUGCGUCUGCGUCUGGAGAUUGCACGGCUCGAGUAUGGGAUGUCCGAGACGAGAGGUCGUCGCUUGUCAUUCCAGCGCACAAGUUCGAGAUCCUUUCUUGUGACUGGAACAAGUACAACGACUGUGUUUUGGUCACUGGCUCCGUGGAUAAGACGAUCAAGGUGUGGGACAUAAGGAACCUGGCGCAGGAGAUGACGAUGCUGCAAGGUCACACAUACGCCGUAAGGAGGGUGAAGUGUUCGCCACACCGGGAGAAUCUCAUCGCGUCUUGUUCGUACGAUAUGACAAUGUGUCUUUGGGACUUCUGGGCAACCGAGGACGCCCUCAUUGCAAGAUACGAUCAUCACACCGAAUUUGCGGUUGGAAUUGAUAUGAGUACGCUUGUGCAGGGUCUGCUUGCAAGCACGGCAUGGGACGAAACGGUCUAUGUGUGGCAGGAAGGCACUGACCCAAGAGCUGCCUGAGUGGGACCAAAAUGGGACCAAGAAUGGGACCAAGAAUGGGACCAAGAAUGGGACCAUUCAGUGAAUUAGGUAAUGUAGAAGAGCAUGUGAGUAGAUCAGUUAGGACACUCGUUUUUUUAAUUAUCAGUGAGUCCUUCUGACAAGGAGCAUGACUCAUCAGUAGGAGGGUAGGUUGUCCUGUCGUUGCGACUCCUUUUUCUUUAUCGAUGAUACCAUUCUGUGAAUUCACCGAUAGAUUUGGUUCUUAUGCUUGUACAUGUGUAAUUCUUCUUCUUGUGCAAAACACCAAUCAAUCUGCAAGGAAAUG